CUGCGAGAUGUCCGGUCCCACCUGGCUUCCCCCCAAGCAGCUGAGCAAUUCGGGGUCUCCCGGCGUCUCGGUCUCGGCUCCGGCGCUCUGCAAACCCCAGAAGAAAUACACCCCGGUCCCUGCGCCCCCCAGGCCGGCCCCCCAGGAGCAGAACGGGGGUGGCAUGAGCGGGCCAAGCUACCAGCCAGCAGGCCCUGGCAGCCUCCCCUCCCGUUCCCUGCCUUCUGGUUUCGGCCCCGAGCAUCAUUACCCAUCACCCCCUGGAGCCAAGGAUGAGCCAGGGGCACCCUGGGGUGGCCCCCCCUCUGCUGGACGCGGGUACCACAUGCAGGGGUCUGCCCUAGAGCCGGGGCCCCACCGCCCCUCCAGCAUCGACGCCCAAAUAGACUCGCUCACCAGUAUGUUGGCUGAUAUGGAGAGCGCUGGCCUGCAACGCCGGGGGGAGAGGCAGAACUUCGACUCUGUCCUGUACCCGUCGGCCUCUGGCCCCCAACAGCCAGGCCCCCCCAAAAUGCCCGGCCCCUACAAGCCAGGCUCCUUCGCCCCCAAGAACUCGCCCUACAGUCCAUCGCCCCAAUCUGCCACCUCAACGGCUUCCUCUGGGCCGUCCCCCCAGUAUGGGGCUGGCUACCCGCGGGUGCCACCCGGGCAUAAGCCCUACCCGCAGCCCACGCCCGCGUCCUACACCACUUCGGCUGGGCCAGCGUUUAAUGUCCAGGUCAAAGUUGCACAGCCGGUGCUGGGUUACGGUCAACCAAGGCACCGGGCUGAGCAGGCCUAUGCGCCCCCCUCACCCCGACCUGGCCGUGGGGCCCAGUACGCCGGGGAGGAGGGCUGGUUUCUGGAGCCGGGGGGUUACGGCAAGAGGCCAGGCAAGGGGGAGAGCUAUGGGGCUGGGGGGCUGGCCAAGCCAGGAGAGGCGGCUGGGGGUCCGUACCAGGCUGCCGGCGGGACCCCGGGCAAGGAAGAGACGGCGGUGACGGGAAAAGUGCCCCCUGGUGGUGGAGGAGGAUACCAGCACCAGGAGUGCGGGCUGCUGCUGUCGUCGGAGGGCGAGGGCCGGGGCUGCUACCCCCUGGACGGGCACAUCCUGUGCAAGUCGUGCAGCGCCCGGCGCAUCCAGGAGCUCUCCUCGAAGAUCACCACCGACUGCUGAGGGAUCGGGGGGCUCAGCUCCCCGCCCACUGCCUGGGUGGGGACUUUGUCUGCCCUCACUGCCAGCCGCUGCUUCAGUAUCCGUCAGUUUGGGGUCCCCCUGCACCCUGUUUCUCCCAUCCCCUAGGGGGAAAGAACCUGUGUUGUGCCCCCAGAUUCCUGCCCUUGGCUAUGUCAGCAUCUAAUAUUGGGGUGCCCCUGCACCCCACUUUGCCAUCAUUUUGGGGGGCAGAGCCCCCCAUAUCUUGCUACCCCCCUAGCUCCAUUGUCAUGUAUUAAGCUCUUUCUUCUCCCCCUUUUCUCCCUUCUUUUUGGGGGCACUUCCCCCUCCCCAGAGUCCCUGCUCUGCCAACAGCUGUUAAUUCGGGGUCCCCUCUGCCCCUUGCCUCCCCCUCAAUUCCUCAGCCCGCUAAAACCAACUAGGCCUGAGGUCCAGAUUGGGCAGGGGGCAAAUGUGGCAGCAAAAAGGGGGGUGGAAUUCACCCUGCUCUAAUAUUGGGGUGAGGGAGGACCCCCCCUUCCCCAGCUGGUAUAAAGCAGGGGGCGGGGCUUGGUGGCUAGACAGGAAGUGAGACAGCCUGCUGGCCCCGCCCCCUCAGCUGAAAGUUAUCAGCUGUGCCCUGUGGGGGGGAGGGCCUGCCCCUUAAUUCCCCAGCAGGUCUCCCCAAUAUUUCUCACUUGGGGGGGGGGGUUGUAUUUCUCCCCACUCCAGGGAUUCAGAGCCCCGUUGAUAGGGGGUGGGGGGGAUGCUCAGGAUUUGGGGUCUCUCCCCUCAGUUUCUAGGUCAGUUUGUAUUUUUGGAGGGUCACUUGGGAGUGGGGGGGCUGCCCCUCCCCUGAAGAAGCCCUGACUCCCCACCCAUUUUGGGGAGGCCCUUCUGACCCUAAGCUGCUCUCAGGGGGCAGGUGAUGCACCCUAACUACCCCCCAGCUGUGUGUAUCAGGAUGUCUGGGUUCCAUCCCUGGCUCGGGGAGGGG